ACGGUUACUAACUUGUGGUGAUACAGUUAAUUUGUUAUCUAAUAAAAUUUGUACUGGUUAUUUUGUGCUAAGUGAAAAAAUGGCUAAAUUACUAGCGUUAUCAUUUGGUGUUCUAUUGCAAAUCAUAAUUAUAAAUGGAGAAGACGACAAAAAAUGGGUAUGGGGUGAAGGUUCUAAAGAGGGCGGCAGAAGUUUCGGUUUGAGUGACGCUGCUUCCAGUAGAUAUGAAGUAUAUGAGGACGACCGACCUUUUAAUAAUUAUCCACCCAACGGAUUUGUAAAUGGACCUGUUCCUGGUCCGCUGCCAGGACCUGUUAUAAAUAAGCCUGGCAGUAUAUACGAAGGCAACAAUCAACUAUAUGGUGGGGGACAGGGCGCUUUCUAUCCAGGAGAUGGACAUGGGCCUGGUGUUCUUACCGGACCAGGUGUUCUUACUGGACCUGUUGAAGAUGGAUCUUAUAAAGAAUACGAUAGGUGCAAGUGUACCGAAAGAUUUAAUUGCAACAGUCCUGGAAUAUCUUACGGCCAUUGCGAUGCUGGAAAACGGUAUUGUUGUUAUUCAACGAAGAAGGGAUCAAUUGGAGGACAUGUACCUUCACGGCCAAUUCAUUCCCCCGAAAAUGGAAUUCUUGUAGGACCAGGAGGACCAGUAGGUGGAAAUUACUACCCAAGGCCGGUAAGCAAUUUUGGCGGUCCGAUUAGACCUGGAGGGUUUGGUUUAGGACCUAGACCAGUAUCAGGAUUCUCAGGUCAAAAUGUUUACGGUGCUGAAAAUGGAGUUCUUGUUGGACCUGGAGGACCUUCGAGACCUCACUUUGGAUUAAACCCUGGUUUUAGUCCCAGAUCCGUAGUUGAUAAAAAGGACUAAAUUGUGUCAGUUUAAACCAAAGAUGUAUAUAAACUAGUAUUAGUAUAAUAUUGAUAUUAUAUUUUAUAGAAAUUCAUUUUAAUGCACAUAGGUUAUACUAAACCCACAUUUAUUUGGAUAAAAAUCUUGAAAAUCAACAAACAGGAUCAUCUUUUCAUGGGCCAUCUAUACAGUGAUGAGCGCGCUAAUAACCGGCAAAAUAGCGCAAAGAUGGAAAACAUAUUAAAUUGUGAAAUAAAAAGAAAUAAAACUAGUAGAGGUGUUAAAAUUAGCGAUAGUAACAUAUACAUUGACAAUAUAUAGGAUGAGGCAGAUAACUGGCCUAUUAGAUAUAUGUCGAGAACUAAUGGCAACAGAGUUAUGAAAAUUGGAAUAAAGGGGUUUUGAAGGAUGAUCUAUUAAAUGAAAAUAUUUUCAUCUCUUUGCAACUUCCGGUUAUACCGGAAGUUGCUUAUAACUUCGUAUUUUUAAAUGGGACACCCUGUAUAUUUUUACAUUUUUGGAUUCUCUUCGAUGUCUUCUUUCUUAAAAUAUGAGGUUUUGUAAUAUUAUA